UUGUGGCUUGCUCAUACUGUGGCUAGCUUCUUAUACGUGUUCUUGGUUGUCUGGGCAUAAUGUUUCUGAAGGGUUUUCGAUGGAAAUGCUGUAACUGGAACAUUGUGUAUUUUAAUUCUCCACUCGUGUGAUGGCAACAUCUUUUUUCUAGGUGUUUAAUUGCGAAGACAUUGAUCGAAGACUUGGAAGCGCAGCGGCUGAUAUUUCAUCUAUCCUGCAUCACAACUAUGUUGACUGGCACGGCAGUGGCAAAAAGCGAGGUUGUUUAGUUAGCUACUAGCUAGCUGGCUACCAAUUUCACUACAAUCUCGGAUUAAUCCUCAAAUCAAAACUGCUAUAGAAGUAGCCUUUCUCCACUUACUAGAACCACUGGGAGGAAUUUGCAUGAGAGAGUUAAACAACAACGUCAACUGGAGUAAUGGGUUGCUGUCUAGAAACGUACUGUUAACAUGGAAUACGAUGCAUGGCUUGCUCGCUAUGAUAGGAAGGUAAGGGCUAGUACGUCCGGAGCUAGCUAGCUAGCUAACGUUGGCCAUCUCAAUUAAAUAUAUUUUUGAGACAUUUAUCCAAACUAGAGGACACAAGUAAAUUCGACAACUAUUGAACGCUAGCUAGGGGCUGAACGUCGUUUGCGUGGAGACUUGUUAUCAAACUGUAUUCCUUUUAACGUGUGAUACGCGUGCUUUUUGUUUAUGUAUAGACAGCGGUAAAGUGAUGCAGUGAUUUGCAGUGGAUUCACCCGCAAACUAGCGGUGGAGUGGUAAAACAUUGCAACUGCUGUAUUGCUUGAAAACUCUUUGAUUCACUGUGGACUUUUUGGACUAUUUAUUGUCUGUCAAAUCCAUAACCGAGUCACUCCCUAGACGUCAAGUAAACAUGCGUGAUGCAAAUAGUUGACGAACAGUGGGAAUCUGAAUGGUGACAAAAGCUCACAAAGACUGUCUAGUUCACUGUCUACGCCGUUGCCUAACAGCUUUCAAUAGAAAUUAAAACUUAGGGCCUGCAUACCACAUUAGGUUUGACGUUUAUAAAGUGGUAACAGUAAAGAACCUUCUCCAAUUUGUGCCUCUGUAGAAUCGGAAUACCUACUGCUAUGGAGGGGGUAGGUGGGGGAAAUGUGCAGAAAGUGACUCCUUUGGCUAGAGAAUUAACCCGGAUCUUGAUUAGCUACAAUAAAAACUCUAUACAACUGAAAAAGAAUCUUAAGGAGACCAACACGUUUUUUCGGGAAAUAAAACAGAACUACAGUAAUGCAUGCGCAUCAGCCGCCAGCACCGAGGCAACUGCUCUGGAGGCAGGGCAGCUUAGCUGUAUAUCCUUUCCCCGGCAUGAGGAGGAGUUCCUGCAAAGCAGUGUUGGAAGCGCCCCCUAUGUCCUGGUACUUGGCCAGGACUGUGCCGCGCGCUACCAGCUGCUCAACUGCCUUCUUGGGGAGCGUCUCCUGCCCCUGGGGCCUGAGGCCGGUGAGGCCUGUGAAGGUGUCCAGGGCACUGCCUGUAAGCGGAGGAAGCUAUGCUUCACCCAUGGGCGCCAGACGCGACUCAGCCUGGCGCUGCCCGGCCAGUACGAGCUGGUACACCAGCUGGCAGCCCACUGUGGGCGCUGGGAUACCGUACCGCGGGAGGACCUGGAGAUUCAGGAGGAGUGUGAGGACCCUGCACACAGGCUGGCUGAACUCGAGAUCACCUUGCACCACCCUCUGCUACAGGAGGCGAAAAUCAUUGUGGUACCGUGCUCCAGUGUCCAGCCCAUUGAGAAGGCCUUGGAGGACUGCACGGAAAACGUGGUUCCCAUCAUGCUCUAUGCCAUCAACCAGGAAACCCUCACAGCUGGGCACGUGUCCGAGCUAAUGACGGUCAAAGAGAUGCUCCCCUUCCCCUUUUGCUUCGUCCGAAUGCCCCCCGCCCAGCCUGAGGAUUCGUCCGAGCACGGUCGGCGCUUGGAGAAGGAGAAGAGCCCCCUGCACAAGCAGCUGCUGUCCCUGGGCUUCCUCAGCGCCUCAAUGGGUAACUGUUCCUGCGGCGCGCCCUCCCAGACCCCCAGCCUGGCCGCCAAGCCCCAGAGCGUCCUAGGGGAGGCCUUUGAAAGGUUGCACCGGCUCCUGGUGCCCUUUGCCCGCCAGGUGCUCCAGAACCAGCAGGUGGAGGCUGCUAACCUGCUCAACGGAGUUCAUUGCCGUUGCCUUGACCUCUUCAUUAACCAGGCUUUUGACAUGCAGCGGGACUUGCAGAUCACGCCGCGGAGGCUGGAGUACACACGGGAGAAGGAAGGCGAGCUGUUCACCUCCCUGAUGGCCAUUGCCAACCGAAAGCAGGAGGAGAUGAAGGAGAUGAUCGUGGAGACGUUGAGCAGCAUGAAGGAGCAGCUGCUGGAGGACGCUGCCAACCUGAAGUUCACAGACAUCAUAGUGGCAACCAACGGGGAGCCUGUAACCUCAAAGGACAUCAAGUCGUGUAUCCACCAGAUCCAGGAGCUGAUAGUGGUGAGGUUGAACCAGGCAGUGGCCAACAAACUGAUCAGCUCUGUGAACUACUUGAGGGAGAGCUUUGUAGGCACCCUGGAGCGCUGUCUCAACAGCCUCGAAAAGUCCAACAUGGAGUCCUCUGUUCACAACAUCACCUCUAACCACCUCAAACAGAUCCUUAAUGCUGCUUAUCAUGUGGAAGUAACCUUUCAUUCAGGAUCCUCUGUUACAAGACUUGUGUGGGAGCAGAUCAAACAGAUCAUCCAGAGGAUAACGUUUGUGAACCCUCCUGCCAUCACCCCAGAGUGGAAGAGGAAGGUGGCCCAGGAUGCCAUAGAAAGCCUGAGUGCUGCCAAACUAGCUAAGAGCAUCUGCUCCCAGUUUAGGACACGCCUCAACAGCUCCCACGACGCCUUUGCCGCCUCUCUGCGACAGCUGGAGGAGGGCCACACUGGCCGGUUGGAGCGUACUGAGGAUCUGUGGCUGCGUGUGAGGAAGGAUCACGCCCCGAGGCUGGCCCGCCUGUCUCUGGAGAGCCGCUCCCUCCGAGACGUGCUGCUGCAUGGCAAGCCCAAGCUUGGUCGGGAGCUAGGGCGGGGCCAGUAUGGAGUGGUCUAUCUGUGUGACAGCUGGGGGGGACGCUAUCCCUGUGCUCUGAAGUCAGUGGUGCCGCCUGACGACAAGCACUGGAACGACCUGGCACUUGAGUUUCAUUACACUAGGUCCCUCCCAAAACACGAGCGUCUUGUGGACCUGCACGGCUCUGUGAUCGACCACACGUAUGGAGGAGGCUCUAGCAUCGCGGUGCUGCUCAUCAUGGAGAGGCUCCACAGAGACCUGUACACGGGCCUGAAGGCUGGCCUGUCACUAAAGGAGAGACUCCAGAUCGCUCUGGAUGUGGUCGAGGGCAUUCGCUUCCUGCAUGGCCAGGGGCUUCUGCACCGGGACAUCAAGCUAAAGAACGUUCUGUUGGAUAAGCAGAACCGGGCCAAGAUAACAGACCUGGGAUUCUGUAAGCCAGAAGCCAUGAUGUCCGGCAGCAUCGUAGGAACCCCGAUCCACAUGGCCCCUGAGCUCUUCACAGGAAAGUAUGAUAAUUCUGUGGAUGUCUACGCCUUUGGAAUCCUCUUCUGGUACCUCUGUACUGGCUCAGUCAAACUCCCAGAGGCCUUUGAGAAAUGUUCCAGCAAGGAUCAGUUGUGGAAUAACGUUAAAAAAGGCGCACGCCCGGAGAGGUUAGCUAGCUUUGAUGAGGAAUGCUGGCAGCUGAUGGAAGCUUGUUGGAACGGAGACCCUUCCCAGAGGCCUCUGCUCGGUAUUGUAGAGCCUAGAUUGCAAAGCAUCACGAUACGACUGUGCAACUGUGGCUCAGAUCAGAAGAGCAGCAGCAUGGAGGACUCAAACUGACACAUUGAGAGAGGACCACAGACUGCAAAGGACUAUGGUCAAAGAAUAAUUUUGUAUUUAUGAAAAAAGGACUAUGUUUCUGGAAGGCUAUAAGGAGAUUACCAAUAAUAAAUAGUGACCAACUCUG